AUGACACCGCAUCGAGACCACAUGAUCCGGGGCAGGCUCCGUCAGACGGAAUCCGGGCCCGCCCGCGCCACGCGCAUGCUGUUUUCUCGGACGGGACAAGCCGUCGAGAGAAAGCCGCGCGGUGUGUUCCGUCCCCACCCCCGGGGGCCUGCCGGUCUCCCCCGGGCUCUCGAGCGGUGA